GAGUUGCUCAAGGUCGUGUUAGCAACACAGUGGCAAUUUCAACUAGGUGGUGACUUUCGCACCAUUUUCAGUUAAAAUACUUAUUAUUGGAAGGCCCUUUUAAGGAGUUUAACUCUCUAGAGCCUGAUGUCUUUGAUAAGCGAGGUCGGGUCCUCUUUGCGUAAAUAUGUUUUUGAAAAACUUUCCAAAACACCCGGAUGGAAGGUUUUGAUUAUGGAUGAUGCUGCCACACGUGUAUUAUCAUCAUGUUUCAAGAUGCAAGAUAUAACUGAGUACGGUGUAACUCUUGUAGAAUCUCUAAACUGCAAGCGUCAAAAACUAAAUAUGCAUGCAAUAUAUAUCAUGAGGCCCCGAAGAGCAGAAAUAGAAUUGCUUUUACAAGACUUUCCUGAAUCAAAUCCAACUUAUUCCGCUGCGCAUGUUUUCUUUUUGUCUUCUUGUCCGAACGAUUUGCUUAAUCAGAUAAUUGCUUCACAAGCAGUCCGACGUAUUAUGAAUAUGAUUCAAUUGUCGGUGGAUUUUAUUCCCUUGGAAUCUCAUCUGUAUUCACUAGAAGCCACGGAAAGUGCUCAACUUUACUUUUUGCCGUCAGAUAUUGUUCAUGACAAACUCAGUCGAAUCGACCAGAUUGCAGAACAACUUGCUUCUGUUUGCAUAACUUUGCAAGAGUAUCCAAAAAUUUGUUACCAAAAGACAGAGAGUAACCUCGAAUUGGCCCGUCUUGUGCAAGUGAAGUUAGAUACCUAUAAGAGCGAUAACCCGAUUUUGGGUCAGGGCUCACAUAAAGAUCAAAGUCUUUUGUUGAUUGUUGACCGAAGUUUGGAUCCCGUUACUCCUCUUUUGCAUGAAUUGACAUUACAGGCUAUGUGCUAUGAUUUGCUCACUGUGGAGGAAAACACAAUCGAGUAUAGUGGAAAUCGCAAAGCAAAUGUUGCUGAUGGCGAUGCACUGUGGAAAGAAUUUCGACAUCAGCAUGUUGCAGAUGUCACGAGGGCACUUCCUCAACGUGUUCGUGAAUUUGCUGAAAGUAAAAAACAAUUUGUUGAAUUCGAAGAAGCUAAUUUGGAUAAUGUUCCAUCAAAAGAAGAUACAAAUAAAAAUACUGUCGAUAUAAGAGAUUUAUCUGAUCUUAUCAAACGUAUGCCACAAUAUCAAACAGAAUCGGCUAGUUAUGCAGCUGCUUAUCAUAUUGUUGAGACUUGUAUGGCUACAUUCAAAAAAGGUGUUGAUAAACUAUGUGAAAUUGAACAAGAUCUUGUGAUGGGUGAGAAUGCAAAAGGAGAACCUAUAACGGAUCCUAUGCGUGUAUUGGUUGAUAUUUUCAAAUACGAUUUUACAACAGUGGAAGAACGUUUACGUCUUUUACUUAUCUUUACUCUUAUAAAAGAGGGAUUUGCAGAAACACACUUAGAUAAAUUGUUGGAUUGUGCUCAAGUUGCACGUUCGUUCAAACCACUAUUUGCAAGUCUUUCAUUCAUUAUGAAUGCUCAAUUAAUUCAAUCUGAUCCCGUCACUAUAUCGUUGCCUAAUCAGACAAAUGUCCCACAAUAUCAAUUGGGUAGAUGCGUAUCUCUUCUACGUUUACCACCAAUUCCAAAAGUUAGCCAAUUAUUACAAACAUACCUUCCAGUAAAAAAGAAACGUGUAGAUCGUGUUAAUGCUAGUUCAUAUGCAUUAUCACGAUGGACACCGUAUAUUUUAGAUAUUAUGGAAGUAAGUUCAAAUAUUUUGGUAGUUUUUUUUUGUCUAAUUUUUUUACUACUUACUAUUCUCCGAUACAACACAGAAUGCACCAAUCCAAUCACAAUUGACGGAGAAGAUUUGGAAGAUGUAAAAACCUUUACGUAUUUGGGCAGCAUCAUUGACGAACAGGGUGGAUCUGAUGCAGAUGUGAAGGCGCGGAUCGGCAAAGCAAGAGCAGCAUAUUUACAACUGAGGAACAUCUGGAACUCAAAGCAACUCUCAACCAACACCAAGGUCAGGAUUUUCAAUACAAAUGUCGAGACAGUUCUACUGUAUGGGGCAGAAACCUGGAGAACUACAAAAGCCAUCAUCCAGAAAAUACAGGUGUUUAUCAACAAUUGUCUACGCAAAAUACUUCAGAUCCAUUGGCCGGACACUGUUAGCAACAACGUACUGUGGGAGAGAACAAACCAGAUGCCAGCGGAGGAAGAAAUCAGGAAGAAGCGCUGGAAGUGGAUAGGACACACAUUGAGGAAAGCACCCAACUGCGUCACAAGACAAGCUCUCACAUGGAAUCCUGAAGGUCAAAGGAAAAGAGGAAGACCAAAGAACACAUUACGCCGAGAAAUGGAGAUAGACAUGAGAAAAAUGAACAAGAAUUGGAUGGAAUUAGAAAAGAAGGCCCAGGACAGAGUGGGUUGGAGAAUGCUGGUCAGCGGCCUAUGCUCCAUUGGGAGUAACAGGCGUAAGUAAGUAAGUAAGUAAGUAAUUCUGUGUGAAAAUAAAAAAAAUAAUCGACACUAAAACUACCAGUUAUCGAAUACAAUCUUUUUUCAUUUGUAAAUUAAUUCAUUUCAUCUAUUGAAUUUCGACCAAUAAUAUACUAAACAGUGUGCUAGUUAUUGUAUAGUAUAUUCAAAGAAAAGUAAUUGAACGUAGUACAAGUCAUCAAUUGUGAUAUAUAACGAUUGAAUAAGUGUUUCCACAUUACUUAUUAUCAGAUAGAUCUUAUUUUUUGUUUACAAAUAAACACUUCAAAAGUUUCUAUAUACCUGGAUGCACCGGACGGUCACUUCGUCCUAGUAUGAUAUGUUAAGCUGUGAAGUCAUGUAAAUUAGCUAAGGGAAUUUUACUGUGUUAAAAGUUGACAGUCAGAUUCCAAUAUUCAUUUACAUAUAGAUUUUAGUUAUCGAACAUUUCACUAAGCAGAUUGUAUGUACAUUUAACAGUGAAUAAUUUAUGGUACAGUGAUUUAGAAGAGGUACUCAGCUAACAAUUAUUCAUUCUAGAAUUCAUUAUCAAGUUGUCUAACAAAACAAUAGGUGUUAUUCAUGGCCUCAUACACAGUCAACUUUCCUAUACCUAUCUUACUUUUUUUCGUUAACUUUUGGUUUGAUUCUGUUGAAUAUAACGAGGAUUUUAGCUUUAAUCUUUCGUAACUGCUAAAAUAGUUUGUGAAUUAGGAGAAAUUGUGUCAAUUCUGAUAGUGAAGUAUUUUACUAUUGAUUUGGAAUUAACCACUGUAAUUAAACUCAGUAACUAAGUUACGGGUUUAUGUACUCCUCUUUGAGUCCUACGUUUUAUAUGAGUAAGUAUGGAGUGAGGUUUUAAGUCAAGUAGCUUAACUAUACUAAGCUACCAUGUGAGAAUAAUGACAUUCACCAUUAGCAGGUAAAGUUGUCGUACUGUUACGUCUUUGAUCUGUUUACCCACUGAUAUACAAUAGAUAACUUACCUUGAUUCGAUAGGCUGACUGGUUUAACCUUGAGGCUACAAUCACGUGAGUUCGAAGUAAUACUAACCGCCUUGGGUAGAGAGACGGAAAUCAUUCUAUUACCUGGUUGGUUGACGGGCGCGUGAGAGAGAUAAGACUAGUCAAGUGGAACUCUACUCGAUUGAUUCCCGAUUUCGAUUCACACUCCGAUCCAGAUUAAUUCUAAAAGAUACAUGAAUAAAUAGAUGACCAACAUGAGAACAACGCACAAACAAUUAGGGAAAUGCAAUUAUGUAAGAAACCGGGAAUUAGUGUAGAAAAAGUAGUAGCAAAGGCUACGUUUAAAUUACAAUAACUUUGGAACAAAAAGGUUUAUGACAGUGAAUCAUACAUCAAACGAAAGCUUAUGUUUGUAGUGUUACAAGCUUUGAAUUAAGUGAAAUAAUGUCCCUAAAAAUAGCUUCCUUUGUUAUUCAUGGUUCUUUUUGUUUCUCUGUUCACAUUAAAUACGAAUCUUUGUUUUUAGGCCGUUAGGAAAAUUUCUUUUCCUUGCUUAUAUUUUAGCAGAGUGUCAGAUAGACCAUCAUAUGUUUGUUUAUUUUAAUGUCAUAAUUAUAUCUUCUAAUGAAUUACCAGAUUUAUUCACUUAUUAUAUUUGGAUAAAAAACUAAACAAAAUAUUGAAGGUUUUCGAUGAACUAUGUUGUUACUUUUAUUCCGUUACUCUUAGCAAGCUAUUUCGGGUAAGCUGGACAAAUCACGUUUUGGAUUCGUUGUAGCAAAAGGUAUUAAAGAUGUGUUUGGUCUCGGUAAUGCAGUGGAUACUAGUUCUAAGGAUUUUAAAAAGCCUUCCGCACGAUUUCAUGCCAGUGGUGUUUUGUCUGCAGGUCCUUCAGCAUCUGUUAGGUCAUCUAGUCCAAAUCCUGGUUCGGAUCGGAAUACAGCUGCUCCUUCUAUGACUGAACACUGUGGUCCUCGUCUUAUAGUCUUUGUUGUUGGAGGUUUCACGUUAUCAGAAGCCAGAGUGGGUUACCAGUUAACGCAAAGAUGUAAGGAAACCCGUCUUGCAGCUAGUGAUAAGAAUACAAAUAAAAUAAAUACACCUACAACAGAAAAUAUUUCAACAAUCCCCGGUGGAGGAGUUGGUUGGAACUGGGAAGUUGUACUUGGUGGUACACACUUGUUGACACCAAAAAUAUUUCUGGAUAAUCUUGAAGGCAUUGCAAAAAUCAUAAUGCCACCAGUUUCAAGUACACCAAUACCUGAAUCAGUACUUCGUCGUGUCUCAAUUAUGAAUCCUUUUCGAGGGUGAAUUAUUGUAGCCAUUAUUUAGUCCAUAACAAUUGGAUUUGGGCUAUUCUCGACUACGCCAUGAUUGACAUGUCAUUAUCAGUUAUGAUUAUUUGCAAUAAGUCUGUAAUUUUUUUAUUACCGAGACUACAUUCCAUAAUAUCUAUUUUUGCUUAUCAACUGUGAUUUUCUUCUACUGUAGAAGACUAUUAUCUGUUGUUAAUCUUUUCUGUGUUAACAUAUCUCAGUGAGAAAGCUGUCCAUGUCAUUUGUAAUUUUUUUUUCCAAAAAAAUGGAAAAACUAUUUGUUUUUUUUCUAAAUUUAAUUUUUGAAACCCCUGAAAGAAAGAUGUUCAUGUGCAAGCAUUCACUAGCUUGAUAUAAUGAUGUUCGUUUUUACUGAAUCUAUUUUUUUCUAUUGUAACUUGGUGUGUAUGUGUGAAUGACCAGAAAUAUUGCCUUAAAUUACAUUG